AUGGCUAGCUCUACACAUAUUCCCUUGCCGGAACAAUUUCCGUUCGACAACUCCGCUUAUUGGGACACAUCCAAGUCUAUGUUUGAUAGAUAUUGCACAGUGGCUAACGUUGCAACAGAUAAAGUCAAGGUCGACUGUUUGCUAUACGCUAUGGGUCCAAGAGCGGAAGAAAUCUACAAUUCAUUCACGUGGGAGUCGGAAAACGACAAAACAGUUUAUCCCUCGGUGGUUCGCAAGUUCACGGAUUACUUUAACGGGCGUACGAAUACCAUCUAUCAGCGUGCAUUGUUUAAUCGCCGUAUGCAAAAAGAAGGUGAAUCCAUAGAUGAUUUCAUAACGGAUUUACAUAAGCUGGCUAAAUACUGUAAUUACGGUGAUACGCGUGAAAAAAUGAUACGUGAUAAGCUUGUGGUUAGAGUUCGCGAUAUAAGACUCUCGGAAAAAAUGCAGUUACAAGAUAACCUGAACUACAAGAAAGCUCUGGAAAUGGCUAGGAGCUACGAAACGGUCUUACGGCAGAACCGUGAAUUACAUCAGGAAAUGACUGCGAACGCCACCUCCAUUAACCGUGUCCAAUCAAAAGGGAAGAAACAAUCCUCAGAGAAAAGUAAGACUGGCGGCAAAUCUUGGAAGUGUUAUUUCUGUGGCGGAAACAAGCAGCACAAGCGAGAUUCCUGUCCCGCGCGCAAGUCAGAGUGCAAUAAGUGUAGUCAGAUCGGUCAUUGGUCUAAAGUUUGCAAGAAAGGACCGAAGACCGGAAAUUCUUCUCUGCCAAACGCUAAGGUUAAUGCAGUAACCGAUGACUCGGACUAUUACUUCGUCGGAACGGUGAAAGAAAACGACGAGAGUACGCAAUGA